UCCAUCUCCAACAACACCAAGCAUUCUACGAUCAAAUCUCCAUAACACGUUCCUGUCGACCUCCUAUCCACAACAAAGAUCUCCAAGCAAUUCACACUCCCUCUACAGCACAUCUCCCAGCACCUUGCCUCCCCGGCGAGAGGCCACUCCGCCGCCAGCAAGCACCUCCAUCGCCCCUCAACAUGGCCUCCUACUUCUCCUCCCUCCUCACAACCACCACAUCCCGCGUCGCAACUCUUCGACAAAAUCUCCUCCCCAACGAGAACGACGGCGACACUCCCGACGACACCCACCUCUGCCGCGUCCUCCGCGCCUACUACACCGAAAAGGGGCGACAGUUCCCCGCCUGGCUGCCCCCCGACCCCAAAGCACCACCACCCGCCGUCGUCCAGCCCGCCCUCUACACGCCCACCGUCGGCGCCAGCUACGGCGGCCUGAACCAAGGGAGCGGCAGCGCAUCGUUGAGCUCCCUCUGGGACACCCAGCCACAGCAGAGCAGCCCGGGCCGGCUACAACCGCCCUCGACGACGCCGAGCAGCGCGCGCACGCCCCCGGCUUCCAGCGCUACGAGACCAAAUCCAUUCUUGCGCCACCAGACAGUGCACCCAGCGGGUGCAGGAGGAGGAGGAGGAGGAGUUGAGCCGCAGGUACAGGCAAGGCCGCUGCCGAGCCAGCGCGCGGGUAGUUAUCAGAGCGUGGUGGGACGGGGAGGAGGAGGAGAGGCGGCGGUGGGAGGGUUCACGAGCGCCAAAGAUAAACUGCGGAAACUGGCACAGCCGAAAAGAGACCUGCCUCGGAUGGCGGAGGCGGUUCGGCAGGUGCAGGCGCAUGCGUCGGGGGGCUUGCGAGGAGGGGGCAGCAGCAAUAGCUACGAGGAUCGAUUUGCGCCGCCGGAAGGAGGGUAUGCGGGAGUUAGGGGCGGCGGAGGGGAGAGGCCGUUCGUGGCGGCUACGAGUCCGUGGGCGGCGACGGAGAGUGAGUUUGGUGGAGGUGGUUAUGGAGGGAGACAGGGACUGCCGAGCGGACCUGCGGCGGGGAGGGGUCCGAAUGGUCCAAGGGGUUAUAGAUAGGUUCUUGCUUGGCGAGCUGGUUUGGAGUAUGGGAAGGGAGUCUUUAUGUUUGGUAUCAUACAUUGCAUGGCGUUCUGGGGAGGCAAUAUGAAGAACUUUGAGUUGGGGUUUGGAUCUUCCUGGAGAGGAGCAGACAGAAUGUGAGAAUAAUCCUAAUGAAGCUUUCAUCAGUGGCAAAUCGC